AUUUGUUCCGACUGGGUAUGAUUCCUAAGAAGAAAGGCAUUCCCAAAGGCUAUACUAUUGAAAUUAAACUACCUCAAGAGAAGGAAGUCGAAGCGGCUACGCAAUUUGGUUACUAUGUACUUUCCAAUACCAUUUACCAGCAUUCAAGACGGAUUUUCAGUAAGUUAACAUUAUUUUUGAAUGCUCUUUACUGACCUCAAGUAUCCAUAUGUGGAAUAACUAUAAAAAGACUAGCUGAAUACUCAACCUUAUCUUUGUGGAUACAUCCAGUACAAACGUUUGGGAUGAUGGGCCAGUCAAGGUUUCUUCGAGAACAAUUACUGAUCUUGUUGGCCAAUAUGAAAUUACAUUUGUCGGAACAUCUAGUUUCUUGCUUGGAUUGUAUUGUACUCGUUGAUAGCAGCACCUUG